AUGUGGAGUGAGCCCCUCCUUGACUUCAUGCAGAUGAAUUCAGGCAAGGGCUUCAAAUCUCAGCACACCUCCUGCGAGCUGGAUUACCCCCAUGGAUCGGAAGUGAGCAACAGUGGUAAUCCCUACUCAAGAGGCUUUGGUUUAGCAUUUAUGAUUAUUACUUUAAGGGAUUACGUUCCCAAAAUCAUUGGUCCAGAUGCUUUUAAUCUGUAUAUUGGCCUUUAUACAGGUUAUGAUCCCACAAUGAAUCCUACAGUUUCUAACAUAUUUUCAACAGCUGCUUUUCGUUUUGGUCAUGCAACAAUCCAACCAAUAAUAAGGCGAUUGAAUGCACAGUAUUUAGAUGAUCCAGAACUUCCAAAUCUUCAUUUACAUGAAGCCUUUUUUAGUCCCUGGAGGCUCAUUAAAGAAGGAGGCUUGGAUCCUUUACUGAGGGGUCUUCUAGCACAUUCAGCAAAACUGCAGGUGCAAGACCAGCUACUGAAUGAGGAAUUAACAGAAAAACUGUUUGUGUUGUCCAAUAACGGUUCACUUGAUUUAGCAUCGUUAAAUUUACAGCGUGGCCGUGAUCACGGACUCCCAGGUUAUAAUGACUGGCGAGAGUUCUGUGGCUUACCAAAACUGGAAACGCAAACUGACCUGAAUACAGUAAUAACCAAUCACAAUGUCACUGAAAAAAUCACGGAAUUGUACCAUAAUCCUAGCAAUAUUGAUGUUUGGCUUGGUGGUCUGGUAGAAGACUUUCUUCCAGGUGCUAGAACCGGCCCCCUGUUUGCAUGUAUAAUUGGAAAGCAGAUGAAAGCACUAAGGAAUGGUGACCGAUUUUGGUGGGAAAAUGAUGGUGUUUUCACAGAAGCUCAAAAGCAUGAACUCAAAAAACACUCAUUGUCCCGCGUGAUUUGUGACAAUACAGGAAUUUCUCAAGUGCCAGCAGAUGCCUUUCAACUUGGAAAGUUUCCACAGGAUUUUAAGCAUUGUGACGAUAUACCUGGGAUUAAUUUAGAAGCUUGGCAAGAAUUCUAUCAGGAAGAGGAAAUAUGUGGAACACCAAAGAGUGUGGAAAAUGGUGAUUUUGUAUACUGUGCAGAAUUUGGAAAGUCUACAGUGACUUACUCGUGUCGAUACGGAUUUAGAUUAAAAGGAGAAGAGCAAUUAACCUGCACAAGUGAAGGAUGGAACUUUGAGGCUCCCAUUUGUAUAGAUAUCAAUGAAUGCGAAAAUGAAAUUAAUCCACCAUGCUCUUCUUCUGCUAAAUGCAUUAACACUAAAGGCAGCUACAAAUGUCUCCAUACUGAUACUUACAAGCUGGCAGAAGAUGGAAAAACAUGCAUUGCUUUUCAGCAUGCACAGAAGCUGUAUCGUUUCUUAAGGUUUAGACUCAAGGAUGCAAUUGCAGCUAUUCUUUACAUCAUUACCUCUUUAUCUCCUCGCUGGGAACCUCUAG